AUGAUGAGCAGCGGCGGCGGCGCAGGGCCCUGGCGGGGCAUGGGUCCGGGAGUGGGUGGAGGCGGGGACGGACGGCACGACGACGAGGCUGCGCUCACCGAGUUCCUCUCAUCCCUCAUGGACUACACCCCACGCGGUUUAGCCCUGAUGCUUGGUUCGGUGGUGCGGAAGAUUCCCGACGAGCUGGUGGAGCACUACCUCGGCCGCAGCGGGUUCCACUGCCCCGACCUUCGCCUAACGAGACUGGUUGCUGUAGCCACCCAGAAGUUCCUAUCAGACAUUGCUAGCGAUUCUCUUCAGCACUGCAAGGCCAGGGUAGCAGCACCUAUCAAAGACAAUAAGAGCAAACAGCCUAAGGAUAAACGUCUUGUAUUAACCAUGGAUGAUCUUUCUAAAGCUUUGCGUGAGCAUGGUGUGAACUUGAAACACCCGGAGUACUUCGCAGACAGCCCUUCAGCAGGAAUGGCUCCUUCGACAAGAGAGGAGUAG